CCCUUCAACCCAGAAGCCAUGGCGCAGGUGCCUUACAUCGAAGUCUAUCGGUUCAACGACCACAUCAAGUCCCUCCAGGAAAAGGCCAUUGUAGAAGUGCUCACUUCUACACCUGGAGAGAAGCAAUCGAGACUGGGCACGUAUGGCUUGGAAAAGCCGUGCGCAGACUUGAGUGAUGAAGUGAUUCGGGGCCUCAGUGGACCACUUGUGAGAUGGGCUACCAGCCGUGGUGCUGUCAUCCAAGAUCUCCAGAGACCCUUUUUCCGAUCCGAGGCCUUCCGACUGCAGAAAGGCAGCGCCCUGUGGCCGGGAUAUCAUUCCACUGCGCUGCUCGUGCCCUUGAGCAACCGGAACGCACAGAUCGAACUGAUUCCCCGUGGAAGCAAUGAGGCCAUCACGCACAACUGGGAUCCACGAACGGUCAUUCACCUGAACGAAAUGGGACUCCAGUUUCAAGGAAAUGGGAGUGUUCGGUUCAUCUACAUCUUGUUCCAGACAGCACCCUGCCCCAAACACCAGUUUUGGUAA